AAUCAUAACGAAGAAAAUUGUCUCGGAUUAAAUGCCAACAACACCUGGGAUCCAGAGAGCCAAUCAGAGAGCGAGGAGGCGGUGAGUUGUAGCCAAUGAGGUGCGUGUUUGUAGCCGCGUCGGCGACAAGAGGCUCCUGAGACUCAGGUGGCCAAAGCCUCAGUCGGACAACUUCUUUGGGCAGAGUUGUUCAUGCCGCCGCUGACAGAGGGCCGCUGACACGCAGGAGGUGUCAGAGUUAUCACUGGGGCUCAACCACAGCAGGCAAGAACUACAGAGUUAUGGUGGUAGUGAUAGCGGCCAUCUUGGUGGUAGUGUCAACAUCGUGGGCCCUGGAACCUUACCUGAUACGUCAAUUAGAGAGCAGGACAGAAGCAGAGUGGGAGGUGUUAUGGAAUAAGGAGAGGCUGGCACUAUGUCGGGCCCGCUUGCGACACAACUUGGAAGCCAUCUGUGGCAAAGACGUGUACCGCAGGUCCCUCACCCCUCCCAAUCACCAUCACAUCAAGCGAAGCACAGACACCUGCCUGAAAGUGCACGAUGGUGAUGGAGAGAGAGACGUUAGAGACAAGAGGGCCGUAUCUGUGAACCUCCCAACCGCCACUAUUGAGAUCACUCCCUCCAGUCCUGACACUGGCCAACACAACAUCAACACAAGGUCUCCAUUCUUAAGUGUUCACCAAGCAAAUUUGUUUGUGACUACCUGGGUCAGGGGUCGUCGGGGGUCACACUAUCGUCGCCGCCGUCAGUCGUCGUCGAUAACAGCAGAAUGUUGCACCACUGUCGGCUGCACGUGGGAAGAAUACGCUGAAUACUGUCCUACUUCUAGCCGUCUUCGUCCUGGAGUGACGCCUAUUUAAUUGUUGUAUCUCAAUUGUUGUAUCAUAAUGACUUUACAUCAAUACAAACCCCUCAGUAAUAAACUCACAAUAUGGGAAAGAGUAAUGCAAUAAAAUUUAUCCGAGAAAACAUAAGACAAAUAUUAUAUAAAAAAAUCACUCUCCCGAUUCCUCUUUACACAUUAGUGCUUCUAAUAUCAUAUUUAUCAAACUACAGCAUUACUACACAAAACAGCACAAACUACAUUAUUCUGUACCAACUUUAUAUCUUCAGAUUUAGUGCUCCAACUUUGCUACAAAAUGGUGCUGUCUAAAUGUGCAGAAUUACCCCCUAAAAUAAUACAAACUUUUAUUUUGGGAUUUGUAUAUGAUUAUCAUCUCUGCCGAAUGUUGAAACAGUAUUCAUAUUUGUUACGGUACUCAUAAAACACCUUUGAUACAAUGGAAAAUUUUUAAAUAUAGGUUAAUGGUUGGUCAUGUUCUGUUUCACAUUUUUAAGAGAUUAUCCACCUCUAGUACUGUCAGCAGAUGAGGUGAAAAGCUUCAACACCUUAAUAUUCAUUUUUCUUUGAUACAUCAACUACCUAUUUUAUACAGAUCCAACAAACACUAAACAAAUACAGUAAUGUAACUAAUUGCCUCUUCUUGUGUGUAGAAGAUUCCCAAACUGAUAUUUGAGAAUUAUUAAUCCAGUAUCAAUGUCUAUAGAUGCAUUCAAGGGCAGAUCCAGGGGGGUGAGACAACCUCCCCUUUCACCAGAAAAUUCCAGUAUUUUUUCUUUAAUGCAGUACUGUACUCAGGCAUU